CGCCGGGAAUGGUGACGGGCCUCUUCCGAGCUCCGCGCCGACACAGCCGCACUUUGCCGGGGGCACGGCGGCGAUCCACUGGAGGGAGAUCAUAAUGGCUCAGAGGGUUUUCAGAAUACAUUUGCUGUUUUGCUUUCUGGCUGCAUUCUUCAUCUCUGCCCUAACUGAAGAACACGUAGGAGAGAGUCAACAUGCAAAUAUUCGCCUUGAUAAGAACUUGGUACAAGAUAAAGACCACAUCAUGGAACAUUUGGAAGGUGUUAUUGAGAAACCAGAAUCUGAGAUGUCUCCACAAGAGUUGCAGCUUCAUUACUUCAAAAUGCAUGAUUAUGACGGCAAUAAUUUGUUAGAUGGGUUAGAGCUUGCUACUGCUAUAUCACAUGUCCACAAAGAGGAAGGUGGUGAACACACCCAGGCAAUGAAGGAAGAAGAGUUGAUUAGUCUGAUAGAUGAUGUCUUAAGAGAUGAUGACAAGAACAAUGAUGGAUAUAUUGACUAUGCAGAAUUUGCAAAAUCACUGGAAUAAAGUUUUGCAGGGGGCUUAUUUCUCCUUCUAACUACAUGGAAAUGUGAACCAGUAUAAUGUGAUUCAUUACUGUCUCUCAUCAACUUCUGUGCUGUGGGAAGGAGAGGUGUACCAGUUCCACUUGAAUUUGUUUGAAAGUUGUUUGUGUUAAGAGACUGGCUAACCUUGAGCAAGUGCCACGUUUGACUAAUGUAGCUACAUGUUUGAUUCUUGAAGUAUGGAAGUACAUUGGGUACAGCUGGCAAACUCUUUAAGUAGCCGUAUAUGAAUACUUCAGUAGUUUAUACACAACCUAAAUUUCAGGGGGCGUGUGUCAUUGGGUUAUCUGCUAUUUGCUUACAUCUUCUAUUUAAAAAUACCUAGAAAGCAAGAGAAGAUUACUGCAUAGAGUUGUAUAUCAAGGAUAAAUGCCCUUCCCUUCUCACUAAUUUCAAAGGAAAUUUGCAUAUAAGUACAAACAGCAAUUGUACUGGAAAAUCUUUGGGCUGUGGUUUGUUUGAGGUCCAUAUGGACUUCAACAGGUCUUUGAAGACAUGGAGUAUUUUUAAGAUAUGUGUACUUCCUAGCAUACCCUUAGUUUUUACAUGCAAAUAUAUAUAUGUGUGCUUUUCAAUUUCUUCUCCUUCUUGACAGAUUUUAUAUCUUACUAUACUGAUUUUUUUUUGUCCCUUCUGUGGUAUUUUCUUCAGAAAAUGCAAAUAUUUUUAUUACCUUUAUAUGUUGUAGUAAUGCUGCAUUUACUAGAGUAGCUUCUGCUAUCUCAUUUUGAAGGUCAGUAAAACACUUUAAUAUGAAAGCUUCUGUUCAAUUUGCUUUUUACAGUGUUAGCCAUCAGGAUAAUCUAAGUGAGCAAGUAAUGCUGCUGCCUUGUUAAUGUUUAAGUUCAUAUUCCUUGCCAUUUAAAUUACAUAGUAUUUCAGAACUCACAGCUUCAAGAUACUUGAGUGUUUGCAGAAUAACAUGGUUCUAGGAAUGUUUUUAGUGUCUUAAGCAGCUUAAAGAUAGUAGAGAAGUGAUGAUGUCUUGCUGUGUUACUGAUAUUUGGUGACUCUGAAACAUAAAUGCAUUAAAUCAUUAUCCACUGAUCAAGAAUCUAAAUGUUAGCAUAUUUCUGUAAAAUGUAUGAAGAUCUAUUUUCUGUACAAAACUAUUCUUAUACAAGAGAAACACAUUUGUAAAAGAAAUUAUUUGCUCUGUUUAAAUUUUUGUGCAAUGAC